GAGCCGGAGCCGGAGCCGGAGCGGAGCAGCCAGCGAGGGGCACCGGCGCCGCGUCCCCCUGAGCCCAGCAAGGGCAGCCAGCGCCGGCCGGGGAGAGGCGCGGGCGCCAUGGGGUCCCCCAGCCGCAGCUGCUCCUCGCAGUCCCUGCACCGGCUGUAAGGCGGCGGCGCGGCCCGUCUCCUGCACCCUCCCCCGGGGCCGGGGGGCCAUGGCCAGCGGAGCUCCGUGAGCCGUGGGACUCCCGGGCGCUUCUGGAAGCAGGGAGCGGCAUUGAUGUGUGAGCCCCACAAAUGGCUCUCGGGGAGGAGGGGGCCGAUCAGAGGUGUGAGCAUCCCGGGCACCUGGGGGACCUGUUUGCCGCCUCUCUGCCUUGGGCAGCUGGCAGAGCCCUAGGAUGCCCUGAUCGGCGGAGCUCCCAGCCACCUACCAGCCAAGGGGCCAUCUGCAGGGCUGUCAUGCUGAUUGGGGUGAUCCUAGCCCUUUUCCAGAGUGUCCAGGCUGAGCAGGGUACCAAACAACACCAAACAAAUGUUGCCCCCUCUACAGAGUCUCUUGCUAACUGGAGAUCUAUAUUUUCACCAACAUGGCCUUCAACAGAUAUUAAGUCUUCCUCAAUGGCUGACAUGUCAAUGAGACAAACAUUGGAGAAUGCAAACUUGCUUCAGAUAAUAAAAAGAACACUGACUGGCGCCAGAACUAUGGAUCAAACUAAUUUUUCGCCCACUCUUUACCAAGGCAGUGGAAAUAGUGCAUCCCAGGAGCCUGCUGAAGUUUCAGCUGAAUCACCAGUGAGGUCAUCAUCUCAAGAUGUAGAUGAAACAGCUAUUGUAUCAGGUUUGCCUCAAAUCAGUAUGUUUGCCACAUUGUCCAAAAAACCAUCAAUGACACAUUCAAGUACUGCUGUGCCAUCUCAGCUAACAUCAUUAGAAACACCUUCCAUUUCAAAAGAAAGCACAUCAGGAUCAGACAUUCUUGCAACUGUUCCAUCACCAUCAUUUUCUUCAUUGGUAAUACAAUCACCUCAUACCAUUAUCUUUUCUAAGUUGACUGUACUACCCACCAAAGUGCCUUUAUCCACAGAUACUGAAAGUUCCUUCCACAUAGAUUCAACUGACUCUCAUUUUAGUGCAAGCAGAGAUAAUCCACCAAGCACAGUCACUGCUGUAAAUUCCAGUAUAGUGAAUCACACAUUAUCCAGAAGGGGUCCCAAAGAGGUCACAGGUACCACAUCACUUAAGAGCUUUGGAUCAACAAUGAGACAUUCCACAAAGACAAUGGGAAGAGUGUCACCCUCAGAAAGUACGUCCCUACUAUCUGCACACUCUCCUACUUCACUGUCAGUAAUAUCCUCUCAGUCUUUCCUACCAAUAGGUUCUGAAACUGUGUCAUGGCUUCCUACUGAAAGAACUUCAUUGUCUCACUCAACAGAUAAUGUGUCUUCUUCUGGAGCAAUACCCACCAAUCUGCCAUUCAAGGCAGUGGUGACUGACAGAGAGAGUGUCGUCAGCCCAGCUGCAUCAUCACCAGCUUUUAAUAGUAAAUCAGAGAUUCCAAUGGUUAGUACUUCAUUCUUUCAUACCGUGGGCACUAUAUCUGCAUUGCCAAAAGUGACAAAUCAUCAGUCUUCCACAUCAACUAAUGAUAUGUUGGGUUCUACCAAGGCAAUAUUUUUAUCACCAGCUUCUAAUAGCCCAAUGGGAAUCUCCCAUUCAACAGAAACUAGGUCUCCCUUUACUGUGCCAAGAACAUUUAUUCCAGAUGCAAUAAGCACUAGCAAUGCAAUAAGCACUAGCAAUGCAAUAGUUCCACCACCAGCACCUACAAGUAUAUCAGACUUUCUUUUCAGAAAAACCACACUUCCUUAUUCAACAGAUAAAGAAUCCUCCUUAAUAACUGUGACAAAUCAUACUUUUAAUAUUAUAGCACAUACUAGCAAUGCAACAAACUCAAUGCCGGCCUAUGAGAACACUGCUACAUUCCCUCUAAUAAAUAUUUCGUCCCUUCACUCAACAGUGUCAAUCAGUCAAGUUUUUGGAAAAGAGGUAACUGAUACAGUUUAUGAGGAAAAUACAGUGGUAUUAUCAAGUGAUUUUGAACAUACUUUGCAACCUUUUGAUGGCUCUUCAGUUAGAGAGACACCCCAUCAGUCUUUUGAAACAGGUAGUACAGCCAAAGUGUACACUAACAUACAUGCUAACAAUGUCCUUUCUUAUGGAUCUCAACGUUCCAGAGUUUCUCCAGAAACUCGAGCCAGCAAACACACAACAGGAACAAUGCUGCAUGAAAGUAUUUUGAAAACAGAAAUCAUCGGUUCUGUUACUACAUCUGCAGUAUUAUUAUCCACUCCCAAUACAGGCCUUUCAAAAUCUGUGUUCACUAUUAAAGAUACACCUGCUAUUCAUAAUUCUACAACUUCACAGAUUUCAGCUAUUAAUGGAGAAAGUCCAGCUGUAGACUUAACAGAAAAUGAAGAAACAAAUACAGGAGCAUUCACCAUUGUCACUCCAUAUAAAGAAUAUGCCCCUCUACCAGCUUUAAAUAAACCUGAUUUUUCCACUGAUCAAGUUUCAAUCACAGAUGAUACACAACCAUGGACCACUAUUGUGCCUUCAGAAUUAUAUGCAUUGCCACCAUUUGUUCCAGCAACAGAAGCCCCACACAGCGCAGCAUCAGCUUUCUCUGGUAUUUCAAAUGCUGCCUCUGAAAGCAGUUUAGAUACUACAAAGAUACCUAUAAUUACUGCUUCAGCUUCUCAAUGGACUACUACAGCCAUGCUUACUUCAGCUGGUGUUAGUGUUCUGUCAGUAAAAGAAACAACCAACGUUCCAAUAAUAGAAGUUUCUCUAAGCACUUCUUCAUUAGAAACUGGGUAUCACGCCCCAUAUUCAACAAUUUCAGGUCUGCAACCGCAAAUAAAUGAUGUUACAAACAAACAAACUGCUUCUAUCUCUGUAACUUUAGAAACAUCUACACCUGCAACAUCUAAUCAAAAUGUUUCAACUUCACCUUUGACUGAAAUUAAGACACCCAAUUUCACACAAUUUAACAUACGUUCAUCUGCCCUGGAAAUGUCUAGUGUUCAGUAUUCGUCCCAUGCUACCACUACAGUACUACCCGCAGCACAGUCAAAAAAAGAUAUUGACACAACUCAAAAUGUUACUGAAUUCUUCACUCUCAGGGACACUAACUUCACUGCAAACUUUGAAAUAUCCCCCCAUCGGUAUUUGCCUACAGUGAAGGAUUUUUCAGCUGAUGAUACAAGUACUGCUUCUAGCACUCUGAAAUCUCAGACAACCCAUGGUGAAAAUGUCUCUUCAUCAACAAAAGCCUUAUACACAACACAAUCUGAGCUACCAUUGGCUUCUCAAUUCACUGACAACUUGAUUGUCUCAGUUAAUAAUGAAAUUAGUUCUAUCAGUGGUACACAACCAACAAUUUCUUCUUUUCCAGUAGCCAAACAAUCUUCAAGUUCAACACCGAUAUCUAUUCUAACUACAGAAAAAUACAUGACUUCUGGAAAUUUGACAGACUUUACAAACAGCUCUGUUUCAGAACCACCUAGUCACUUGACUAGCGUUAUUCAAAAACAAGCUACGUUUAGUACAGAGACAUGGCAUGCAAAUGGUACAGGUGAUAGUCUAAUUACAGUUGCUGUACCUAAUGAAUCUACCAAUGGCACCCCAUCGCAAACACUUACCACCAAUGCUUUGCAGUCAGUCAUCAUAACUUCUGUCCAUGCAUCACCAACACAAAUAACCUCUGCUUUUUUGCCAACAACCAACUUUACCCAUUCUGUCAUUACAGUGCUACCUUCAGUGUCGGCGGGUGCAAUACCUACAGUAGCAACUUCAGAAGCAAACUCAGUAACAGGAAAAUCUGCGCCAACUUCGUCCUUGUUUUCUCUAGGCACUGAAAAUGCACCUUUGCUGUCUCUGACAGCAUUAAGCACAUUGAUAUCAACACUAGCAAAAAAUAACAGUGCCUCAAAAAUGACAUCGACAGUACCAGCACAUACAAACUUUCCGUUUGCACCAAGACACACACCUACAUCACCCCCCCACACCACUGUUAUGUUUCUAACCAAUAAAGUUAGCACAGUCACAGCUUCCACACUGACAUCCGCAACACACACACAAAGACAGAUAGAAACCACAGUACCUGACACCAAGAAAUUCACAAGCUCAGAAAUCACCAAAACAUCAACUGCAUAUCCACUGACAAUUACAGCAGCUUUGACAUCUAUUACAGCAUCAGCGAAAACAACUAGGCUCCCUCCUGCUCCAGUGGAAAACAAUUCUGCUGCUCCUACAACUGCAAUUGCAACUUUCGCUAAUGUGACAACAGUUUCCUCUCCGGAAUGCCAGCUGUCCAGUAACCUUAUGGUUAAAUCAGUUCUGUUCCUGAACACAAGAAGGCUGCUGAUCAGCAAUUCCUUAAAAGAGAAUGUGACAAAAGGACUCACCCAAGCAUUGAGACAAGCUUUCAACCAAAAUGUCAAUGCUCAAGUUGAAAUUCUGGAACAAUCAAACAAUGUGACAGUUGGUUACUACGUUACGAAGGGGAGGUUGGUUUUUAUACCUGCUGUUGUUAUUGAAAUGCUCAUUGCUUAUGGUAUUAGCAACACCACAGCGGACAUAAAGCAGCAUGUGCCAAAUCUUCAGUCUGUUGCUGUACUGGCCUUGCCAUGGAAUCCAUUACCUGCAUACCACUUCCAGCUGAAAACAGAGCUGCAGUUUGUUGGUCAUGCAGACAACAUACAGUCAUGCAAGUUUGUUCAGACCAUGGAGCAACGGUUACAAAAAGCAUUUGAGGAUGCUGAAAGAAAGGUCUUAAACACUAGCAACAACUUAACGGUUCAGAUUUUGAACACAUCAAAUGUCUCCCAAGCUGUCACUCUGUUUUAUGUGGUGAGCAAUCAAAGUACAGCCCUAAAUGGCACCAUCUCCAGCUACCUUCUUAAUCAACUUUCAGCUGAGCUGGUGGGAUUCUAUCUUACCUAUCCGCCACUGACCAUUGCAGAAUCUUUGGAGUAUCCAAACCUCGAUGUCUCGGAAACUACUAGAGACUACUGGGUGAUUACAGUUAUACAAGGGGUCGACAUUACAUUACUGGGACUUAACAACCAAAGCUUUGCAAGACUAAUGGAGCAGCGGUUGGCCCCACUGUUCGUGAUGUCCCAUCAACAAGGAAGGCGAUUUAAACGUGCUACUACCGUGGGCAGCUACACUGUGCAGAUGGUAAAAAUGCAGCGUAUUCCAGGACCCAAGGAGCCCGCUGAACUGACUUACUAUACAUUAUACAAUGGGAAACCUCUGCUGGGAACUGCAGCUGCCAAAAUGUUGAGUACUGUUGAUUCUCAAAGGAUGGCCUUGACGUUAGGUUAUGUCAUCCAAGUACAAGCUGAUCCUGUGGUGAAAAACCCACCAAACAACCUGUGGAUCAUUGCAGCAGUGCUGGCUCCCAUUGCUGUGGUUACGGUUAUUAUCAUCAUCAUCACAGCAGUUCUGUGCAGGAAGAACAAGAAUGAUUUCAAACCAGACACCAUGAUGAAUCUGCCUCAGAGAGCUAAACCAGUACAAGGUUUUGACUAUGCCAAGCAGCAUUUAGGUCAGCAGGGAGCUGAAGAUGAGGUUUUACCUGUGACUCAGGAGACUGUAGUGCUACCACUUCCAGUUAGAGAUGCUCCUGCCUCCCAGGAGAGAGAAAUUGCUCAGGAUGGGAGCACCAUUAAAACUGCCAAGUCCAAUGAAACAAGAAAAAGCAGGUCGCCUAGUCAGAAUGGUUCUGUCAUCAGCAACGAAUCAGAAAAGCCCAGUUCAGGGAGAAGCUCUUCACAGAAAGUAAUGGUACAGCAGAAAAUGACAAAAGAUGAGGGAAGAAAGAGAAAUGUGCCCCUAAGUGAUGAAGAGGAGGGAGGCAUUCUCUUUGAGAACAUCGCCAAGGCUGCCAUUGAUCCCUUUGACACAUCUUCUGGAUCUGUACAGCUGAUUGCUAUCAAACCUGUAGCAUUGCCUCCUGCUCACCCUGCAUCAGACAGGAGCCAGGAAUCUGCUAUCAUUAAUGGAGAGGUAAACAAAGCCUUGAAGCAGAAGUCCGAUAUAGAGCACUAUCGCAACAAGCUGCGCUUAAAAGCCAAGAGAAAAGGAUACUAUGAUUUCCCCCAGAUUGACAACAACAAAGGGCUGACCGAAAGAAAAAAGAUAUAUGAGAAGGCACAAAAGGAAAUAGACCAUGUUUUGGAACCAGAGGCAGAUGUAUCUUCUCCAUUUGCAGAGCCUAAGAACAGGCAGCAGACAAAGAACUCUGUGUACAGAAGCAGACAGUCUCUGAACAGCCCUAGCCCAGGAGAAACCGAGAUGGAUCUUCUAGUUACCCGGGAGAGACCAAGGCGUGGGAUCCGCAACAGUGGAUAUGAUACCGAACCUGAAAUGAUAGAAGAAACAAAUGUUGACCGUGUCAACGAUCCUCGAAGUUAUACCAGAUCCCGUCAGGCUAAAGGCCAUUCUGAGACAUCAACUUUAAGUUCUCAGCCUUCCAUUGAUGAAGUUAGACAACAGAUGCAUAUGCUAUUGGAAGAGGCAUUUAGUCUGGCAUCUGCCGGCCAUGGAGGGCAGAACAGACAAGAUGCUCACAGUUCAGCACAACACUUACCAUACUCUGAAGUGGUGACCAGUGCUCCUGGUACCAUGACCCGACCCAGAGGGGGAGUACAGUGGGUGCCAACAUAUAGACCGGAAAUGUAUCAGUAUAGCUUACCAAGACCAGCGUACAGGUUUUCUCAGCUUCCUGAAAUGGUAAUGGGCUCUCCCCCACCCCCGGUUCCUCCCAGAACAGGUCCUGUGGCUGUGGCAUCUCUCAGGAGGUCGACAUCAGAUAUUGGCAGCAAGACAAGAAUAUCUGAAUCCAGUGGGACAGAGCAGGCCCAACAGCAUGAUCCUGCAUCCUUUGCCCCAGGUGCAAGAGCUCCAGUAUCUGUGGGUCCAUUGGAUCAGUCAGCAUUGAACUACUCAGGAAAUACAGUACCAGCAGUGUUUGCCAUACCAGCAACAAAUCGACCUGGAUUCACAGGCUAUUUCAUCCCAACACCACCCACAGCAUACAGGAACCAAGCCUGGAUGCCCUAUGCUGGAGAUAAUGAAUUACCAGGGCAAUGGGCAGACUCGGUUCCACUCCCUGGUUACAUAGAGGCUUAUCCACGAUCACGCUACCAACAUAACUCUCCUUCAAGACUUCCCCGCCAGUACAGUCAGCCAGCAAACAUGCAUCCUAGUCUGGAACAGGCUCCGUUGCCUUCUACUGCAGCUUCUCAGCAUAGCCUCUCAGAAGCCGACCCUUCUGACACACCUCUUACCAACAUUUCUACAGCUGCUCUAGUGAAGGCAAUAAGAGAGGAAGUUGCUAAACUGGCCAAGAAACAAACAGACAUGUUUGAGUUUCAGGUCUAAUACCUUUGUGCACAGUGUUUGUAUCACAUACCUUGUUGUAGCCAAGGAAGUAAGUCUUAAUUUUCAGUUUAAAAACUUGCUGCAACUUGUGCCAGAGUGAUGGCAUUUUUCUCCUGAAAGAUUAACACUAGGUUAUUGUGAAAUGGAAUGAAAUAGAACAAGAGGACUUGAAGAUAUGGACUCUGUUUGUUUGCUGGAUAAGGAGAUGCUGCCAGGCAACUCUUUAAUACUGAUAAGUUCUAUUUAUGAUAUGCAAUUGUUUGUCACUUAGCUCUUGUCCUAUGAGCCCUUUGUCACUAGGAUGCUAUUAAACAUAUGUCUGUGUAAUACUACAGUCUAUUAAGAAUCAGGGGCACAAAAGUAGAACUGUCUAAAAUAACUUCUGCAUGUCAAUUUUAUUUCUGUGAUUAAAGAAGAAAAUACAGUAGUACCGAGUAAACUAAAGGCCAUAAAUCUUCUAUGGUAGAGAUCAUAUUAAUAGUUCAUUACAAAAUAAUCAGGGCUGAAUGCAGCAAAGCAACAUCAGUCCUUUCCUUCGAGAGACCACAUUCAAACCACAAGAAUUUGAUGUGAAUAAGUAAUAUAAACAAUGUACCCUGUAAAUAGUCCCAGCAAAGGCCAGAAAGAAGAGAAGACUGUGAAGAGAGUUAAUUGUAUUGGGGUAAUUGGUGGCUUCAGUGGUCACUAAUGCCACUGUUGAGUUACAGAGAAUGUGUUUACAAUAUUAAGAGAGCCUAUGCUGCACGAUGGGAAGGAAGAUUAACAAAGGAAGUGGGUGCUGAAAGCUUUCAGAAACCCACAAAUGAAAAAUGGUUAUUUGAGUUUUGCCCUACAUUCAAGAGGUAUUCAUUCUGAAUGCAUUGUGAAGCUGGUAAAUUUGAGAACCUUGAGCAAAUCUAUCCAGCCUGGAAUAAUGAAUACACCUGCUUUGACAAGAAGACCUCUAUUUAACAUAGUGCUUUGUACUCUUUCUUGAACAAUGACAUCUAGUAAAGUGAUGCCAGAGAAUGCUACCUGAAGCUGUGAUUGACUUUGAUUACACUGGAGCAAUGAAUACACGAACUCUAGAAUUCUCAGUCUCUGUAGGAAAUUCUGAUUGUAGAGGACCUGUUGAUUACAUUAAAGUGUAAAUAAGUAAACAAGUAUGUGGAUUUAACAAAAUAUUAUUGUUCUGUGAAAAAGGGGGGGUAUUUGCUGAACCUACGAUGACUGUAGACUGCUCAAGAUAAGGUUAUACUGCACUGUUAUAUGAAUCCAAUCUCCACAAAACCCUAACCAGCUGAAUUUGACAGUAUUCAUCUUUUGCAGUCUCACACAAAAUAGUUAGGAGAUUAUGCAAAAUACUUCCAGUUCCUUCAGUAAUAAUUUAGCUUUGGGAACUGAAGUUGCUUAUGGGAUGCUGUGUUCUGGGCAUGUUUGGCUAGUGAAGUUAAAGGUAAUGUUGUUCAUCCUGUUAAUUUAUUCAGCUUCAGAUGCAUAUGCUAUUUUAUCUGGUCAUUCCAUUUUCGUAAUGAGUUUCUUUGGUCUUUACUGAGGUGAGAACAGGAGCUUGGUUUAGCUUUAUGGCUAUUUGAAAAAAACUGACUGGACAGGAAAAGAAAAGAUUGGAAUGAGGUGUUGAAAUUGUUGAAGCACAAACUUUUAAAACAGAGCUAUUUUUUCAAAAAAAUAAAAUUAAAAAAACUCAUUCCAGAUAGUGAUGCAUAGCCACCCUGGAAGAAACAGAUGUCUCUUGCUCUAAAGACCUUAACUAUUAAAAGAUUUUGGAAUGCUAGUUGAUCUUUAAACAAAUGUGAAAUUUCAUUUUUGUUACUUAAUUAGAUAUAAAUGAAAUGUAUUUUUGUAAUCUCUAUGUAAAUAUAUGCUGUAUAUUUAUACACGUGACCAAUCUAUUAUAGACAGAAAAUUACCAUUAACCAAUUGCAAAAAAGGGAAAAAUCUUGAGCAACUUAUUGGUGAAGAUUGAUACCUGAUGCUUAGCGUACACAAAUAGGCAGUUGGAUAACUUGAAUGAACAAAACACCAAAGAAACUCAGCCUUUCAUAUAAAUAUGAGUCUAAUGACGACAGACUGGUGUCUCAGUUCCCUAUUAACCAACUAAUACUAAUCUCAUGAGUGUAACACAAUGCAUCCAAAUGUCUUUUUGUGUUAAUUUCUGUCUCCCUGAAAAUAUUGCAUUUGAAAGUGAAGGCUUAUAAAUACUGGGCCAAAUUCAGUUUGCCAUAAACAGGACUAAUUCCCAUUGGCUUCAGUAGGAACUGCACUCUCUCACACCAGGGCUGAAUUUGUCUGUUAGGCCUUAUCUACAUGCAAGUUUCACCAGUAUAAAUUUCAUUUAAAUUUUAGCUUAGCAUCCUCCUAGACAGUGCCGGCUCCAGACACCAGCUUAUCAAGCAGGUGCUUGGGGCGGCAACUCUGGAGCGGGGUGGCACUUUCAGGUAUUCGGCGGCAAUUUGGCUGAGGGUCCCUCACUCCCGCUCGGAACGAAGGACCUCCCGCUGAAUUGCCACAGAUCACGAUCGCGGCUUUUUUUUUUUUUCUUUUUUUGGCUGCUUGGGGCGGCAAAACCCCUGGAGCCGGCCCUGCUCCUAGAGAGACAAAACUAUAAUGGCAAAGUUAAAUCGACUCCCCCACCCCCCAGCACCUGGGGAAGAACUGUUAGAUAUCCAAAGUUAAUUCUGUUUGGAAUUGUAUUGAAGAUGUGCUAUCUGUUGCAAAAUUCUCUGAUUUACUUAGAAAAACACUGUGGUGCACUUUAUUCACAGAUGAAAUUUAAUUUCUUCAUUCAUAAUGGCUUUUUAUCUUGUUUAUAACAUCAUUUUGCAGUUUUUAAAAGAACUACAGAAAAAGGUUAUAUGAAGACAGUAAGGACAUUCCUGGAAAGAAAAAUCAUGUUAUAAUUAUGCUAUCUGAGCACAAUGCAAUGACACAGUUAAAAUACAGUGUACAAAUAAUUUGUAAUAUAAUAAACAUUUUGUAUGCCAGCAGUUGCAAUAUAGUUUUUCAACAGUGAUUUAAAAGAAGGAAGUAGACCGUGACCUACCAGUUAGAGUUGCAGUCUCAUCAGAAGUAUGUUGAUGCCAUUUUUACUGGAAAAGACCUAGCCUGAAAGUGACUUCGCAGAUCUGCACGAAUUUUUAACAUUCUGUUAAAUAGCAUUUCCAUGUUAGCAUUUUAGGAUUUUGUUUCUAAGAAGUGAUGAUAUCCUUAUCAAUGUCUUGUCUUCAGAUGUGUAAAUCAUUAGUAAAAAAAGAAAAAUCUCUUCAAAUUGAAAAAUAAUUCUGAACUGCAUUACAGUAUGUGGGCUAUAACACUCAAUCUGUCUCUAAUAUGCGUUCUUUGUAAUUAAUUGUAGAACAGUAACUUGAGGUGGGUAAGGGGGAGUGAUUUGUUAAAUAGUCUUUUUUUUUUCUGAGGGAACCAAUUUAUCUGGGUUUUGUGAGAAGUCUGAACACAGUAGAAAUGUGAACAGUAUUUGUGUCUUGUCAUGUCUCUGUAGCGUUGCAUGGAAAUCCUAUUGACUCUGUAAAAAUGGGGAAUGGAUCCUAAAGAACCAGAGCGUUCUUGUGCAUGUAAAAUAGCUUCAGAGUAGCCGUGGCCACAAAAUGGUUAGGGAGAGAACAUGUUCAAUAUAAUAUCAAAAAUAAGAGUAUCUAUGCAGUCUGGGAUCUGUAGGUCCCUUUGGGCAUGGUGAUUCCUGAAGAUCAGAAAAUUCUGGGGUUACAGCAGCUUCACUGCUUUUCAUUGCUGAGGAUCACUGAAUAUCCAAUUAACAGAGGGAAAUGAUAUCCAUUAUACCCCAUACUAUCCCAAAAUAGCCUAUGAAUUAAAGCCUCCAAUUACUGCUAUUUUCUAUGGCCACAAUAAGCCAUAUUUAUUCUUGGUACAACUCCAUGUGAGGCAAUGGAAUUACAUCAGGCUUCUGUUUGGCAGAAUGGCUUCUAGUUACCAAGAGUGUGCUUGACAUGACAUGUAUAAUGUGUACCAACAUGUUACAUGUCACUCUAAUAUAUUUUGAAUGUAUCUGAAUGUAAAAUUAAAAAAGCAGUAUCAUACAGUGCACUUGUUAUAAUACGGUAGCGAUCAAAUGGAUUUUAACCCACUUGUGCACUGAUAUACUGUAGCCUUAUUAUAGGGAUGGUGGCAUUUCACCCUCAUUGUAGUCACACUGCACUGGUCUAAAUGCCUGCAAAAGCACAAGGCAGUGGUGGGGGUAGGUUCAUUGAGUUCAGUGUUGAUGGCUCGUCUAAGUGUUCGCAGGGUAACAGCCUUAAUGUACACCAUGGAACCCUAAAGAAUCCCUAGGGCUGCAUGGAUAAAACUGUAGGAGGAAUCAGGCACAUUGACUGCACCAGGAUUUUUGCCUUGAUAGGGACUGCAUUUCUGGGCCUGAAGAACUGUUGCAGUAGAGUGCAAUGGGUCCAAAAUACAAAGGGGAAAAUAUCUCUCGCACAGAAAUACCAUGUAUUCUAAGCAUUCAAAUAUAUUUGUACACACAGUAUACUGACCUGUCUCCAGUCUGUUGGAUCAAAUACUAUUCCCACUACCCCGCAUGCCUUUUCUUUUUUUAACAUGUUUGUGCCAAAAUACAGACUUUGGAGUAAAUAAUACACAUUGUUCAAAAUAUGUGUGGAACCAUAUCCUUUGUAACCAAUCCUCGGCAAUGGCUCCAAAAGAAAAUUAUUGGUGUGUUGAGCAAUUCUAUCAAAUGGGUGAGAGUUCAAAGUGAAAUGUAUAUCAGCAUUUGUGUUAGGAGCAUAAUGUUAUUUACAGAUAGUAUUUUGUGUGUAAAUGUCAUAGCACUGCCAAACAGUGCCAAUAUAGCUAAUGGUCAAUCACAAUUUAUCUGCCAAACUCUCUCUUUCAGGGGUUUAAUCCUUGGUCAAAAUAAACCUUUGCUCUGGGCAGCAGCUUGAUUCUUGAACUGUGGGCCCAAGAGGGAGAUAUUGUUUUGCCAAUUUAUGUAUGGAUGAGGUUAUGUUUUUCCAUGUUUUUUAAAUUGUAGGAGUGCAGAAACAGAACAACAGAUUUCCUUGAUUUGAAUGCUUUUUGGAACCCAACAUAUCUAAUCUGACCAAACAAUACAAAAGCCUUGCUUGUGAAAUGAGAUUUAUAAAUCUUUAGCUCACCAUAUGUACUGGGUGCUCAUUUGCUAUUUUAAAAAAUGAAUUUUAACAAAGAUGACCAAGUAAUUGGUUUUUGAAAAUCAUCCCUAGCUACCACUGCAAGGGCUCUGCUGGGAAAUGACACAAACCUAAUUCUGGGCUUAACUCUGUUCUCACUUGCACCAGGGAAAAUCUGAAGUAACUCCACAGAAAUUAAUAGGUCAGAUCCUUCUCUCCUGCCCCAGUAUAGUGGCUUUGUACUGCUGAGGCAGUGCCAAGCAGUUAGAAAACUACCCUAAAGACCAGGGCCGGCUUUAGGCCGAUUCCCUGGAAUUGGGCCCCACGCCUAAGAGGGCCCUGCACUUUAGGCGCCUUUUUAAUUUUUUUUUUUUUUUACAUACCCGGCAGCACUCUGGGUC